AUGAUUAGAGACCAAGAACGAGUGUAUUAUGAACAAAGAACACCAAUGGAUCAGAGAAAUGAUGGUGGUGAAAUUAAUGACCAACAAUCGAAACUUAUUGAUGGAAAUGUCAUCUAUUCUCCGAUUAAUCAGCUUAAUAAGCCCGAUUCAAUGAUGUCAUUAAAUCCAUUUCGUUGUAAAUCUACAAUAUGUCUAAUUGCGGGUGUUCUAUGUUUGAUAAGUGGUUUAGUAUUAAUAUUUCUGUUGGAUGUAUUAGUUCAUAAAAUACUAGCCAGGAAAUUGGUAAUUGUCGAAGGUCAAGAAGGAUAUAAAUUUUGGAAAGAUCCACCAGCGAAUAUUCAUCGAAAGAUGUACAUUUGGCAUUGUUCAAAUCCAUUUGAAGUACAAUAUGGUGCACCUCCGAGAAUGAUCGAAAAAGGACCGUACGUUUACAGAGAACAAUGGAAUCGAUCAAAUAUUCGGUAUAGUGAUCCUGAUGCUUUAUCUUAUAUACCUAUCACAACUUUAUACUUCGAUCGCCAACAAUCAGUUGGACCCGAUGAUAAAUAUAUGACCGUUCUCAAUAUUCCAUUAAUGGCAUUUGCUCAUCAAACACAGUAUUAUCCAGAAAUAGUACAAGAAGGAUUUAAUUUAAUGUUGAAAGUUUUUAACACGACAUUAUUUAUUAAUGUUACAGUUAAAGAACUAAUGGAAGGAUAUACUGAUCCAUUAAUUAAAAUGGCAUCAGCAUUUGAACCAGAUAUAAUGAAAGAUGCCAAAUUUGGAAUACUGAGCACUCGCAAUGGUUCGUAUUAUCAAAAUUUUACAAUACACACCGGACAAAAUGAUAUUGCCAAUGUAGCAAAAGUUAUCUCGUUUAAUGGUGUCAAAGUACUCAACUAUUGGUCUACUUCGCAAGCUAAUAUGUUGAAUGGAACAGAUGGAUCGUUGUUUCCUCCGUUUCUGACCAAAGAUCGUCGAGUCUAUUCUUACAAUGCCGAUAUGUGUCGAUCUUAUUAUCUCUCAUAUCUUCGUGAAAAAAAAGAUGGAUGGAUAUCGCUUUAUGAUUUUCAUUUGCCAUCGGAUAUAUUCAACAACUCAUUAGAUGAAAAUAAAGGAUUUUGUUUUAAUAAUAAGUGUCUUGGUCAAGGUGUUUUGAACAUAAGCACAUGUUAUUAUGCUGAAGAAAAAUUUCGAGAACAAAUUAUUGGAAUGAAACCAGAUGCGAAUAAACAUGAAUUUCUAAUGAGUUUUGAUCCUGUUACCAGUGUUCCAUUUAGUGUAAAUGUUCGGUUACAACUCAAUUUUUACAUGCCGAAUGUUCCUAAAUUCGACCUCUUGAAAAAAGUUCGGCCAGCAUUAGUACCGAGUGUGUGGUUUGACGAUAGCAUUUUUCAAGAUUCUUCGUCCUGGGUAUUGUUGUCGUUGACGAUAGCCAUGGAAGAACGAAGGGCAGAUGAUGAAAAGCUGUUAGUCUAUGAAGAAUCGUCAGGUUUACAACGUUUACCGAUCAUGAUACAAGAAGAGUUAAUUAGGUGUGAAAAAGAGAAGAGUAAACAAGAAUAA